AUCAGAAUCAGUUUUAAUUCGAAUCUACAGUGUGACAGUCAUGUUCCAACUGAGUAGUGCAAUAGCACUUUGCAUUUUGCUGCAGGGAACCCUUUCCCAUCCCAGUGAUAAUCAAGACAAAGAGCUUCCUCGAAUUGCUGAAGAACCACUGACCAUUGGAAACCAAUGCAACGGGUAUUGUUUUUCAGUUUUAAAGCCGAUCCUUGACCAUUUCGUUAGCCUGAAGGAGGGAGCUGAUGCGAGUAGCGAAUUUAGAGACAAGAUACACUCUUUGGAGGAGACCGUUAAGCACUUGCAGGGUCAGUUGGAAAAUACUAAAACCCAACUGAAAGACAAUGAAAACCUUAUCAAGGAAAAAGACGAACGUAUUAAUGACCUGCAAGGUCAACUGAAUUCUACCACAGCAAGAUUCACCGAGAUAAGUGAUCAGCUCAGGGCGUGCAAACAAACGGAGGAAAACCUACCCAACACAUGUCCGAGUGGCAGUCCCAAUGGCAUUUACCAGAUUAAACUUCGGGGAUCCCCAGCAUUUAAAGUACCUUGCGUUUCGGCUGCGUCCGGAUGGACCGUAGUUCUUAGUCGCUUUGACGGAAGCGAAAACUUUAACCGCACCUGGAGGGAUUACAGGAACGGAUUCGGCGAUUUCAGUGGAGAGUUUUUUAUCGGUUUGGAAAAGUUGCACUUAAUGACUCGAUCGCAACACCACGAACUUUACAUACAGCUGCGAGAUGUUAAUGGAAGCACUGCAAUCGCAAAUUACGAUGAUUUUAUCGUCGGCAGUGAGCAGGAAGAAUACAAACUGAAAUCGCUGGGAAAAUAUUCGGGAACCGCUGGAGAUUCCCUGAGGUAUCAUCUUGAUAAAAAGUUUACUACGACUGAUCGGGACAAUGAUUUGGGAGACGGACAUUGCGUUAGUAAUCAUGGUGGAGGUGGUUGGUGGUAUGGAGCGUGUGCCCAAGGUUUUUUGACUGGAAAAUAUUACAAAGAUGGGCGACGACUAUCCAAAGACUAUGGAAUUAUUUGGGUCGAUUGGCGUAAUUUCAACGUUUCCCUUACAUUCGCUCAAAUGAUGAUAAGACCUCAAACUAUCAGAGUUUAACUAACUAAUCUUAAUCACACUUUUCCCGAAAUAAAUCCCAGACCCUGUGCUUGAA